AUGCCCCCUCAUAAACUUAUUGCUGAGAUUCCACUUUCUUCCGCCGAAAUAAUAUACCCAGACUCUCCGCUUUACGCAUCAGAGAGCUGCACUUGGGCGGCCCAGAAAGAUUUGAAGCCUAAGAUCAUUGCUCGGCCCUGCACGCCUUCGUCUCUCGCAUCGUUACUUUCUUUCUUAUCAAAUUCUAAUCUGGAUUGGGCGGUCCGAAGUACUGGGGUGGGGUCCUCAUCUGCCAGCGAUGUGCUGAUCUCGUUAUCUGCUUUUGACAAAUUCGAAUACAACGCAGAAGGCCAGACUGUGGUUAUUGGUGCAGGACAAACUUGGGGAGAAGUUGAUCGAAAAAUCGAGGAAAAUGCCCCUGGCCAUGCUGUGGUUGGCGCUCGUUGCACUUACGUCGGCGUUGGCGGCUCCAUACUCGCAGGCGGAAUAUCUUGGUUGUCUUCCGAAAAAGGCCUUGGUGCUGACCCGCACAAUAUGCUAGACGCAAAAGUCGUCUUGACGGACGGCAGGAUUUUGUGGGCGUCUACUGAACCAGACUUACUUUGGGCAUUAAGAGGUGGCGGGGGCAGCUUUGGAGUAUUGGUAGAGGUCAAACUGCGAGUUUACCCCUACCCGGACCAAAUCUAUUCUGGCCAGAUAUCCUACCCAAGGUCGGCCUUUUCUGUCGUUGCAAAAGCCGUUUCAAGAUUCACCACGGAGUGCAAGGAUCCAAAGAUGGCAAUGCACAUUUUCCCUCUCGAUCUUAGCCAAGGUCAUUAUACGGGGGAGGCUCCAAAACCGGGCAUUGGUCUUCAAGUCUUUGACGCACAUGGAGAAGCACACGGGAGAAGUACAGAUGGAUUCCGUUGGGCUUUGGAUAUCGAAGGUGCCAUUGAUAGAACCAGAUCUAUGACAAUUCGACAGUGCAACCAAAUUUGGGAUGGUCUUGAAGCUGCCAAAGGAAAAACUGCAAACUUCCAGUCUUGCCUCAUCAUUUCCCAGGUCGACGAACAACUCAUCUCGAAGGCGUGGGACUGGAUUGAGAGUUUGACCCUGAAGGACCCAUCUCUUUCUCUUGGUGGGACGUAUGUCUUGAUUGAAUUCAUGCAAAAGUACUUCACUCAUUCACUUGAGGACUUCAAUGAUCCAAGAAAGGUGAGCAAAAUCGUCUUCUUCUACAAUUGUCCAUUCCAAUUCGCCGAGAAGAUCGACGAACCGAUGUGGAGCUGGUUCAAACACCAUCCCGAGUACGUUGAUCUUCGCAAUACCUUCAUGGAUAGUGACCGCGGUGCGCGACCUAGUUGGCUUGAAUGGUUCCUGGUGGAAGAGCGUCUUCUAUGUGGUGCUCAUCCUGAUGUGGAAACACUUAUGGUCCUGUGA